CUGUCACUGUCAAGUGUCAAAAGUUUAUGUACACAAAAAUAAUUUUGUUAUUUAUAUUUAUAUUACUAAAUUAAAUAAAUCCCAAAAUUUGUUUUAAAAUGUCUGAGGAUGGAGAACAAGGGGUUACGGAUUCUCCAAUAAGAGGUCCUACUCUAUCUACUUCUACAUCUAGUUUUGAAGCUCUAGAUCCUCAUGAUCCAAACCUAAGUCAACUAGCAAAUACAAUGUUUAGUAAAACUUCAGAAUAUUUAUAUGGAGAAUUAACUUCAACCUUAGACGAUUAUAGACUACUAGAAGUAAUGAAUAAAUCAGUAAUUACUAAGUAUUCAGAUAUGAAAAAUUUGGCUGUCAAUGUGAAAAAAAGUAUGAAUGAAUUAAAUGAAAAAUAUAACUCUCUGGUUCCACUACUGCAGCAAAUUGACCAAAUUGAAGCUAGUGUAGUCAAAUUAGAACAAGCAGCCUAUAAGUUGGAUGCAUAUUCUAAAAGACUGGAAGCCAAAUUCAAAACUUUAGAGAAGCGGUAGUUGUAGGUUUUACAUAUUUGAAUUUUUUUGUUAUUUUUAAAAUGUUUAUUUAAGUAUGUUAUCAAAAAACAAUAUUAUAAGCACUAUGUUUA